GUGCUUACUUUUCUCGAGUACGCCUUCCUCCUCUUCUACGUCUUCGAAGUGGUGCUGAGAGUUGGCGUGCUGAGAAGAGAGUGGUUCUACACAACCGAAGAUGGCUUCAUGUGGGGCAACUACGUGGAUGCGCUGAUCGUCCUCUUUGGCGUAGCAGAUGUGGUAAUUGCUCUGAUGAUUAACGGCGACGCGGAAGAAGCCACCUUUACCGUCCUCCUGAUCCGCCUCCUCCGAGUCGUCAAGGUGGUGAAGACUAUGCGCCUGGUUCGUGUUAUGCAGCUGUUCGGCCAAUUGCGCAGCUUUUUGGCUGAGUUUCAGAUGCAGUCCCCGCCCUGCAAGUUGUAG